AUGGCAAACGGCGGGAGCAUCAUCAUCGGCCUCAUCAUCACAGCGAUCGCCUCUGUUAUAGCAUGGUUCCUUUCUCCUAAAGGCGAGACUCAAACAAUCUGGCGCAGUUCACUCAUCCUCUCCUUCGCAAGUUGUUACAUCAUGUGGGCGAUUACAUUCUUGGCGCAAUGGCAUCCACUUAUUGUGCCCCGAAGAGGAGACUUGAGACCGGAAUAUGCGAGACAUAUGAGUGGUUAUUAG